UGUCCGUUUCCGUUUCCGUGCAGUUUUUCUGUGAUAUUUAAGCUUAGAGUUACUGGAAUCGUGUAGAGAGGUGGUUAAAAGCUGUAACUGAGAGAUAUAAUGGGGGAUAUCGAGUCUCCGGACAGGAGCGGGUCUCGCGCAAAUGGCGUGUUUUCCCUUUUAUUGACUAAAGAACUGAUCGGAUCCAGAAAAGGACAAAUUUUACUGUCAGAAGUGAUUUCAUCCUUCAUCAGUUUUGUGAUUUUUUGUGCUUCGGCAGCAACAGCGUAUGUCACUGCUCCACUUCUCGCCUUCAUUUCCUCUCUGCUCAUCCUAUUUGCUCAUGCCAUCAAAUUUAACCAAAGAUUUACAGGCUUUCACUGGCCGCUGAUGGACUUUUUACGCUGUAUCACUGCCUCUAUCGUUUUCUUCAUCAUCUCCAUCAUGGCCGUAGCAAAAUAUCCAGAUGGAGCAUCAAAAGCUGCAGGAGUGUUCGGGUUUGUUGCCACCAUUGUGUUUGCGUUGGAUUUUUACUUCAUCUUUAACGAGCUUGCUGACUUCCUGAAGCGUGGCGGCUCUAAUGAGGAACCUCAGAGCAAAGAAGACGCUGACGCAGACUCUGACUCAGAAUGAAGCUGUGAUUGGGAUGUGAAGGAGAGGAGACUACUCCAGUGCCUAAAGGGAAAUAAAGCAAACUGUGCAAGUUUACAUUCAGGCUCAGGAUUACUAAUUGAAAAUAGACAAAGUAGUAGAUGAAUAAUGUCUGUUAUUCAGAGAGGCUUGAGUAUGUAUGAAUAAGCAUAUAAAAGAUCUAACUUGCAUUGUGUGAUAUAUUAGCAUAAAUAAUUGUAUCACAUUUUUACAAUUAUCCAACACUACCAUUAUUCUGAAAUAAUUUGCAUAUUGGACUGUUUACACAGAUUUUGUGACAUUGCCAAAGCCCUACCCCUACUGUCCUAAACAGUCAUUGAAGAGACUUUAUGUGCUGAGAGUAAAUCAAUUUCAUGUGAUACUUGUCUUGCAGUGACCAACGGAUCAAAGCGGACUGUAAGCUAAUGAUCUUUGUACGUCAGAAGGAUGUUAUUUUAGUGUUCUAAAGAUCCAUUUAUUUUAUAACUGUUCUCUUUCCGCUAACAUUUUUACACAGAACUCUGUUCAAGCAACAGACUGAAUAACAAUGCUAAUUGAACUUAAAACAUUUUAUUCACCAAAGGCUUAUUUUGUACAUGUUAAAAUCAGAAGCCAUUCAAAGCAAUUAGUGUGUGUGUGUGUGAUGUGUGAGGGAUUUCUUCUAAAAUAACCACUGAUUUAUUUCCACUGUGUUUUUGUAUUGUUUUGCUGCACCAAAAAUAUGAAUUGUAACUGAAUUGAUGUGAAGUGUAAACGUUUAAGCCGACAGAAGGGUGUCUGGUUACAUUCGUCUGUCCUCUGUUUACUCACGUAUGUGCACGUGUGAGUGUAUUUUAUGUAUUUGCAUUGACUGUAUAUUUGAGUGAACAUGACUGAUAUAUGUGAGUUACAAACAAGGAACUUAUGAUGGCAUUUUGACUUACAUUUAUUUUAUAUACAUUUUUAAAGUAAUGCUUUAAGCAAUACUAUUUCAAACUAGUUGGCAUUGGCAAAAUUGAAGUGUAAAUGACUUAAAUUACUCACUUUGGAUUGGAUUUAAAACAUCAGUAAAAUGAGAUACCGCUUGAACAUCAGAAUAAGGAACAUGGCAAAAAAAACUAAAAGAUUUCUUCUCUUAUGGUUUGUUAGUUUUAAAGUGGUAACAGUUUACAGCAAAACUGAACAUAGCUUUAUACUUCAGGGGUGUGUAUGUGUGAUCAUGAAGCAUGACUGUCCAAAACAGUCAAUCACCUCAGCAACCACACCCUUUAUAACCAAAUGUGCAUUUGUCUUAAGGCAAUCUAUGCAAGGUCAAAUCAGAAUCACCUAAACAUGAUAUCUUGUAAUAAGACAAAACAUAACUUAUAAAUGGGAGUUUUUGUGGCUUGUGCCCUAUUCACUGACAUAGGAAGAAGUGAGGUUUAAACUGUACUGCAGCCAGCCACUAGAGGGGUUUCAGAGAUUUCAGCUUCAUUUCAAAUACUUGUUACAUUUACUCAUAUAUACUGUCACCAUUCACAUCUCUGUCUGUAAUGCUCUGUAAUUACUGCUUUAUAACACACGUGUGUCUUGUCACACUGCUCUAUACGUCACUGAUUAUGUCACACUUGUUAUUAUUAUUUCACAAUUAGCUUCAAUUUAUUUGAGUAAAUUCUUAAUGUUA